AUUCAACAAAAAAAAGUAAGAUAACAAAUUUGAAAAGAAAAAAAGCAUAUACAUAAUAUACCAUCAACUCCCUAUCCAUCUUUCAAUGGCCUCUCCUAAUUGUUUCCAAUCAAAGACCAUACACCCCUCUUCAUGGAGCAUCAUUGUAGCAUUUCUGCUCAUUUCUCUCAUUUUUAACUCAUCUUCAAGCAUGGGAAUGAGAACAAAAACCAUGAGAGACUCUGAUAAUGGUGCUCAUACCAUGUGGUCACAGACUGUGAGGGAAAAUCAUCCCCAUAAGAUUAGUGCAACCACUCAUAAUGAUGGUGCUAAUACUAUGUGGUCAAAGCCUGAGAGGCCAUUUGAUCCGGUCCACAGGAGUGGUCAAACUAAUGAGAAUAAUGGUCAUCUUCAUGGAGUGACACUCAACAUGCUGCCCAAAGGUGGACAUAUCCCUCCUUCUGGUCCAUCAUCCCCAGAAUACUAUAGGCGCAAUUAGCAUGGUGGCCAUAUCGGGAUUAUUAUUAAAUAUGAUUACAAAUAGAUACCCUUAUAAAUAAAAUAUUAAACAAACUUUAUUUACGCUAUUGUAAUUAUUAAUAUUUAUAUACCUAUAUAAUUAAUUAGUAUUCCUACUUUCAUAUAAUUAGCCACAAUAUGAAGUUGUAUUGUACGGGCGUGUUAAUUGCUAUAACUUAAUUAGGGUUUAUGAUAAUGCAUCACAACUUCAUUGUGGCACAAUAGAUUCUGUGCAGUGUCCUGCUCGGUACUCACCCAUAUUUAAAAAUAUUACAGAGUAUACAAAAAUUGGGAGGAGUGUUGUAAGGGAAGUCAUGAUUUGUGUCCCAAAAUUCUAUUCUCUUUCUUAUUUUCUUUUAUGAAAUGAUUAGUGUGGCUGCUAUUCAUAUCUUUACAAUUAUACAGUUUAGCUUUC